GGCUUACACAUUUCUGUGACCUUGUCCCUGUUAUCAAUGUCUUGGUGUCCCCCUCUCCUUCUGUCUCGUUCUUCUCUUCAACAUCAGAGUUGUCUCUGUACCCUGCUACCUCGCAGUAUCCUCACGAAAACAUUGCUACUGACUGCCUCUCGCAAUUGGGUUCUAGAUUCCCCUGUCGACAAGAGACGAUGUUAGUCGUCUUGGCUCCGUGAGCUACGGUUUCCCGGCCGCUGAAGAGCACUGCUGUUAUUAGACAGCCCUUCUUGCGUUGCCCCUGAAGAGUACCAUCACCGCCUACGUUUAUAAAUACCUGUCACCAACUUUGAAGCUGGUCGCCAUCAUCACUCCAUAGUCCGCAGCACACUUUGCUCAUCAAAAGACAGCUAGCCGACGACUCUCGGUCACACCUCCUACUCCGCUCUUGCUCCGAGCACCACCACUGAGGCAACAGUUACAUAUCCCUUCGCCUUCAACACAGCCAACCCCAGAAAAUAGCCAUAAAUGUGUGUGCAAUCUGACUGGGUGUUUACCUGCGGCCACCGGGCCUUUGCCAAGUUCGACAACUGUCCCAAGUUUGGUCGUGGUUGUUUUGGUCAAAACGGAACACAUCAAGAUGUGUAUGUGCAAGAUAUAUGCAGUGACUGCAAACUUCGACCACUUGAUCCCAACCCGCAGGCCGUGUCGAACGACCCGUACAGGAAGAAGAGAAAGAUCAGGUGAACAUGCCGCUGUUGGCAUGUUUGUAGCGAGUCAUUGUUGCCUGGCGUUGGGGUAUAUGAGGGUACAUAGUGGGAUGCAUACAUAUCGUAGGUGAUCCUCACUCUUCACAAGACCGAAGGCUUGCUAACAUGAUGGGUUAGGUAAAUAAGUGAGCACAUGGUGUUAUGAUGAUGAUGAUGAUAUAAGGGGUGGUUCAAUUUGUCUUUGGAGACAGGCG